AUGGCUCCCGCGUCACUUCUCGAUCUGAUCGAGUCGCUCCCCAAAGGUGGUGACAACUGGGGACCACCGACCACCACCGAAACCACCCUGAAUGGCGUCCCCUAUGCGCCAUUCUCCAAAGGCGACAAGCUGGGUCGCAUGGCAGACUGGACCGUCAAGGAUGGCGACCGUGAGCGAGGUGGACGACAACAGUUCAACAACCGUUACCGCGAUCAGAUCUACGGUGCCGGUCCCGGUGGCUUGCAGUCGGUUUUCAACAUCGAGGGCCAGAACGAGGAGAACACUUUCUCGCUAGUCGAUCGUUCGCAGACCAGCACUAGAGGGCGCGGGUUUGGUGGAAGAGGAGGUGUCUUCUCUCGGGGUCGUGGACAACGGGGUGGUGUUCAGGCUCAGCGAGGCGGUCGGGGAACCUUCCAGCGCGUUGGUGGAGGUCGAGGCGGCCAACAAGGAUACGAUGCGCGCGGUGGUCGCGGUGGUCGACGUGGAGGAAGAUUCGGCUGGAAGGACUACGACAAGCCACAGCGCAACCGCGAGGCAUCUGUGCAGCCCAAGGACUCAUGGCGACUCUUGGAGGAGAUUGACUUCAACCGUCUGUCGAAGCUCAACCUGGACACUGGUGAGGGCGAGGAUCUCGACGACUAUGGUUUCUUGUACUACUACGACCGUUCAUACGACAAGCAACCUGGUGCGGUCACAUCCGUACGGAAGUUGACCGUCCUCGAUCGCGCUGCAUACAACGUCACCACCUCUUCAGAUCCCGUCAUUCAAGAACUCGCCGAGAAGGAUGAGGCCACGAUCUUCGCGACUGACAACAUCCUCUCCAUGCUCAUGUGCGCCCCUCGCAGCGUCUACAGUUGGGACAUCAUCAUGGUCAAGCAGAACGGCAAAGUCUUCAUCGACAAGCGUGAAGGCAGCAGCCUGGACAUGGUCACCGUCAACGAGAACGCUGCCGAUGCACCGCUGGAGAUGAGCGAGGGCAACAAAGACCAGAUCAACAGCCCCGGUGCUCUCAAGGAGGAAGCCACACACAUCAACAACGUCUUCCCAUCACAAGUCGUCCACGAGUCAGAAACCAACAAGUACGACAUGAACAACGAACACCCAUUCUACAACGCCGCCGAAGAGACCGAUCCGCCAGCCUCCAAGGCCUACAAGUACCGCCGAUUCGAUCUUUCGCUCGAAGCCGACGCAGAGCCACUCCAUCUCAUUGUCCGGACCGAACUGGACGCCGUGGUCAAGAACAACAUCAACGGCGAGGACCAACUUCUCACCAUCAAGGCGCUGAACGAGUUCGACAACAAGGCACAAGGUUCCGGUGGUGCACUGGACUGGCGAUCAAAAUUGGCCAGCCAGCGUGGUGCCGUCGUCGCGACCGAGAUGAAGAACAACAGCUGCAAGCUUGCCCGAUGGACUGUGCAGUCUAUCCUGGCCAAGGCCGACCUGAUGAAGCUCGGAUUCAUCUCCCGCCUCAACCCGAAAUCCACCCAGGAGCACGUCGUGCUCGGCGUGCUCGGCUACAAGCCCCGCGAGUUCGCCUCGCAGAUGAACCUCAACCUCAACAACGGCUGGGCCAUCGUGCGGACGUUCGUCGACAUGGUCAUGAAGGAGCCCGAGACCGACGGCAAAUACGUCCUGGUCAAGGACCCCAACAAGCCCACCAUCCGCCUGUACCAGGUCCCGCGGGACACCUUCGAGGAGGACGAGGGCGAG